AUGUUCUACUGGAUCACCACCAAAUGCGGCAAGAAAUAUCACCUGAUAAGCAACGCAGGCUUGCGAGGAUCCCAACUUCUUGGAACCUUCAUUUCCCUCAAUGACCUCCAGGAUCUUACCUCACGAGGAGCCUCCAUUCUGUAUCCUGGCUCGGGAAACACCAAGCGCUUGGAGCUGAAGAGCGCAACACAGAACAUCACUAGUCCCGAGGACGGUGAUCAAUGGACCAAUACCCAUCUCGAUCUUGAUUUUGUUGGUAUUAAAUUGGAUGUCACUCUGCGGCCUACCGGUGGAAACUUCUACUACGGCGGCGGUGGCGGCAUACAGGUUGUCAAUCGAGGACCGGAUCCUGAUGGCUCUACCUCGCUGGCCGGAUGGUCGUGGUAUUGGGCCAACCCUACAACCCGUCUGACAGGCAAGCUUGUUAUUGAGGGAGAGGAAAUGGAGAUUGAUACUGAACAGUCAUAUGCCUUGUUCUAA